GCUGACCUUAGCACUGGUCCAUGGGAGCCUGGGCAUCUUGUCCUUUCCCUGGCAAGGGCUGAAAGCGCCUACAGAGGGUAGAGGGCCCUUGGGGAUCUGUGGAGAUGGGCUCAGAGGGCUCUUUGCGACUCAGGCUAACCCAUCUUCUCCUCUACUUCUAGGGUACGAGGGUGAGAAUUUGGGGAAGAUCCUUAAGGAUUUAGAGAUGAGUACUGUGGUGCAUCUAGAUCGAUGGUUCCUGGAAGUGAUACCCCAACAAACUACAGAGAAGAGUGAUCCAGUUCCUUCUCAAAUCAUCAAUAACUACUUCUCCAUUGGUGUGGAUGCUUCUAUUGCUCACCGAUUCCACAUCAUGAGAGAGAAAUAUCCUGAGAAGUUCAACAGCAGAAUGAAAAACAAGCUAUGGUAUUUCGAAUUUGCCACAUCUGAAUCCAUCUUCUCUACAUGCAAAAAGCUGGAGGAGUCUUUGACGGUGGAG